CAUUCCGUUCCGUUCGAAGAGCUGCUGCUCGCGAGUCAACGUCCCUCUGACCCCCCGCUCUUCGGACACUAGACAACAGCAGAACAAAAUGCAGGAGGAUGGCAAGGUGGUGGACGGCAGUCUCCUAGGCGACGCCAACGGAACUGAGCCGCAUGUGGGCCGGAAGAAGUCGACGGCCGGGAAAUGGAAGCGACCGCGACUCACACGCAAGGCCCUGAUGAGGUGCUGUCUAGUGAAGUGGAUACGAUCCAACGCAGCAACACAGGAGAAAGACGACAGUAGUGAUAGUGAUCUGGAGUUGUCCACGGUGCGCCACCAACCGGAGGGUUUGGACCAGCUGCAGUCGCAGACCAAGUUCACCAAGAAGGAACUGCAGUCUCUAUACAGGGGAUUCAAGAACGAGUGUCCCAGUGGCCUGGUGGAUGAGGAGACCUUCAAGACCAUCUACUCCCAGUUCUUCCCACAGGGGGAUGCCACCACAUAUGCCCACUUCCUCUUCAACGCAUUCGACCUCGACCGAAACGGAUCCAUUCGCUUCGAGGACUUCGUGAUUGGUCUGUCCGUGCUGCUGAGAGGCUCCGUGACUGAGAAGCUGAACUGGGCAUUUAACCUCUACGACAUCAACAAGGACGGAUACAUCACCAAAGAGGAGAUGCUGAUGAUUAUGAAGUCUAUCUAUGACAUGAUGGGCCGCUACACGUACCCGAUGGUGAGAGAUGAGGCCCCCAAUGAACACGUGGACAAGUUCUUCCAGAAAAUGGACCGCAAUAGAGAUGGGGUGGUGACCAUCGACGAGUUCAUGGAGACUUGCCAGAAGGAUGAGAACAUCAUGAGUUCCAUGCAGCUGUUUGAGAACGUCAUCUAGAACCCCUCUCCGGUCCUAAGAGAGACAGGCCUGCACUGACCCGUUCUUCAGAACCGCUCCUGUUCUAAUGGACCCAGGCCUGCACC